AUGAGGAGUCUGCUGGCACUGCUGUUCGUGACUCUGGCCCUGGCAAUGCUCUGCUGCUGUGAGAAAGAUCCAAAAGAACCCUCAGGAUCUCUCAGUGCUGACACUAUCAAGAUUAAAAAAGAAGUUGCCAAUGCCUUUGUGAAGAGGACGAAGAGAUCCAGCCCUUAUGAAUGGUACUUUGAGUACUACAAAAGUCCACUGGAGCAGAUGCAUGAGCGCUGUGAAAACUACCCACCCUGUGAUUACCUUUCUGACCAAAUAGGAUUUGCCAUGGCCUACAACCGCUUCUUUGGGAGGUACUGA